UUGGCCUUUGUCUCUUUUUUUUCCUCAAAUUAGUAAACCUCUCUUUGUGGAAGUGUAGUUGGUUACAAGCUCUAACUUAGUGUUUUAGGGAACUAAGAUGUGAUAUUUAAGUCUCGUCUUGCUCAUUUGUGUUUGCGUCAGAGUUUGAGAACCUCAGCUUUAGCCUGACGCUUCAUGAGGUUUGACUUCCUGUAUUUUUGCAGCGAGUAGGUUUUGAGACAGCAUUGUGAGCGUGUGAGGGGGCCUAACAUUCCAUUGAACUCCAGAUCAACACCCAUUCAACAGUAGAAACGGAUGAUGGCAAUGGUGACUAACGGAUUUGGGUGUUUACCAGUUCUUGUUUUCCUGCUGACUUUGAGCAGUUCAGUCAAGUCAAGACCUCUUAGGAUAAAAAGGGAAAUUAGUCACAAUGUGACAUCGAUAAACACCAAAGACACACAGAGUACAGCAACCGUAGCUGAAGUUGAGAAUGCAAGAAGCACCACUGUGGAAACUUUGAUUGCUUCGAGUACGUUACAGACAGUUGAGGUGAAAACUUUAAAACCUGAUUUAAAGGUCUCAGCAUCUACAGAUUACCUUCAUACCCCAGAUUUUAACCACACCCAACAAAACUACUCUGCAGGAACCGAGAACCUGACAGUUCACCGGCCAACAGAUAAUGAGAGUACUUUUCACACCCAACUUCCCAAAAUAAAUAUUAGUACUGGACACAUUUCACAUGCAGGAAGUUCUUCCCCCACAUUUAAGGUAACGGAGAAGCACAUGACAGCAGCGACAAGAAGAAUGUCCACAGAUGCAAAAGGACAUACUACUGAAGUUACCUCAACAGCCACCAAAAAAUCAACCACAGCAAUGUCCCACUCAUGUUCCACUGCCUCUUCUCAAGGGGACGGACUUGUGAGCCGUUGCCUCAUCGCAAUCGCCUCGAUGGCAGCAUUGACAACCAUCUUUAUCAUUAGCACCAUCUGCUUGGCUACGAAACUCUCGGGAUACAGAUACAGGCACAAGGCGCAGCUUCUCCAGGAGACUGAGAUGGUCUGCAUAUCUGCCCUGAUGAAUGAUACCGAUCACCCUGUUCCAAAGCCAAGACGACAUCCCAAAAGUAAUGGAGCAUUGAUCCCGAAUACUGAGGAUGGAGAUCCUGAUGGAGAUAAUCUCACUCUAAACAGUUUUCUACCUGAUACCGAAGGCCCUCUUUAGAAGUUGAAAUCUUUCUGUAUGCACUGGGAACCAGCGCUUUAUUGAUGAUCACAGAGUUUUUUACUCUCAAACAUGAAGUCAGUGCUCAGGUUUGACACAAACCCAGCUCUUGAAUGGUUUGCACUGUCAAAAAAAAUCCACAGUAUAUCUGGUGCAGGUUUAUCAGUUUUCUAGGGAGUUUCAGUAAUCUGAAAUAAAUUCAGUAAUCUGAUGCCUGGCUUUGAAGUGCCAUUUUAUGCUUUGUUGUACAAUAAUGAACAUUCCACGUCUUUUAUUUAAUCAGUGGAACAUUUAUAUUGUAAUUGUUGUUUUUUUGCAUGUGUGAAGAUGUUGUAAUGUUAUAUUUAAUCAAUGUUGAGACAUUAGUUAGGCUUGGCAGAAUAUGGUCUAUUCCUGUCUGUGGUUCAGUUAGCGCUAUAUCGUUUACAGAGUGAUGUUGGAGAUUAUCACAGUCUGAAUAUAACAUGUUAUCAUUGCAAAUGUACAUAAAAUAGAUGCUUCCCACAUUUGCCCAGAAAGAAUUGAGCUUUUGCACAGAAAUUACAUACUUUCCAUUGUGUGAAUUAAAAAAAAAAGCAC